UGCGCCAAAACGCGCACUCAUCUCCAGCUGCACGUCCUGCAACUUUUCCUUUUUCCUCCUCCUUCUGCGCACUGAGGCUCAUCACUUGGCUCUGUAAUCAACCGGCUCGUCUCAGUCUCUCCUCUGUGAUGGCUGCAGCAGCAGCGGAGGUCGGGAGCUUCGUCAGCGGGUUUCUGGACAGCUUUGGCACCGCAGGAGCAGCUCCGGCUCCGGUCGGCUCUCAUUUCGUUCUCACUCCAGCCGGAGCGGUGGACUACAACUCGGUGAUGCUGGGGGGGCAUGUGGGACAGCAGGGACAGCAGCAGGACCACAUAGACCACCUGGUGUCCGCGGAGAGACUGUCCCGGAGCCUGGCGGACCUCAGCCACCUGAAGGGGAUCCUGAGGAGGAGGCAGCUCUACUGCAGGACCGGAUUCCACCUGGAGAUCCGGACCGACGGAACCGUGCAGGGCACCAGGAAGGACCACAGCAGAUUCGGUAUUUUGGAGUUCAUCAGUCUGGCUGUGGGUCUGGUUAGCAUCAGAGGAGUGGACAGUGGCCUCUACCUCGCCAUGAACAGCAGGGGAGAACUGUACGGAUCGGAGAAGCUGUCUGCAGAAGCUGUUUUUAAGGAGCAAUUUGAAGAAAACUGGUACAACACUUACUCGUCCAACAUCUACCGGCAUGGAGAAAAAGGUGCAUUUUACUUUGUUGCUUUGAACAAAGACGGGACGUCCCGGGACGGAACGAGGUCGAGGCGACAUCAGAGGUUCACCCACUUCCUACCGAGGCCUGUAGACCCGGAUAGAGUACCGGAGCUGUACAGGGACAUACUUGGCCAGAGCUGAGACUGAAGGGUGGGGCGUUACCAUGACCCUGUCUGAGCUGAAGAGCAACUCAACUGCACCUAAUCCUGACCCCCUUCUUGAGGGGGAAUGGAAGAUCUUGUUGAUCUGGACAAAACGGGAUCAUAAAAAAGUGCGCCUAAUGAACACUCCCCGCCAAUGGCGAGUCUGAACCAGACUAGUUGGGGAGUUUGACUGAGGUAUCUUCUGUGGAAGAUGUGAAGGCCCCAUGACAGACACCUGGGCCCAUAAUAUUGCCCCAUUAUUGGCCUAUGCAGAGGCCCCGGUGGCCAAACAGAUGAUUUAUGGAUUUCGUUUGAGUUUCCACUACUUAAAUCCAACUGCCUGCCAGUCCAAACUGCAUGUUAAAGAGGACAAAAGUGUGGGAACUAAUAGGUGAGAUUAAGAACUGGCUGCUAGUACAUAGCUUUUUACUGCUGUGGCCGAUGAGUCUUUGUCAAUUCCACUGUUUUCAGUUAUUUUUAUCCAACACACUACUGUGGCUGCUAAGUAAAUGAUUUAUUAAAAUGCUUAAUCCACUAUUCAAUGUGGCUGGUUUACACAAAAAAAAGGUAGUUUCAUGCACUGGAAAUCAGCCAUGUUGUCUGUGGUGGGAAACGGGUCUGAGAGCUGGAGGGGAAUCACCGUUAUCGGACUGACUGAUGAGAUGGAUUCCCUUUGAACCUGCUCCAAAGAGAGAUGCUGCUUAGAAGAUAUGACUUUUCUACAAAAUGCAUGAGGAACAAGAGAAGAAGUACAGAUCCAGUGGAGUUUUAUAAGGACUUUUUCUGUGGUGUCCUGUGGUGGAAUACUGCGUGACCUGUUGGAGACUUAUUACCGACAAAGACACCUUUACAAACCUGUUGACAGAUUGUAUUCUUAUUUAUGAGUUUUUGAUUCCUAGGACAUACAGUAUAUUUAUUUCAUAUAUUUAUUUAUUUUGAGAAUAUAUUUUUACAGGUAUGAGAUAAAAUAA